UUAACUUAUCUGAUAAAUAAAAUAUUGUUCCUUGUUCAAAAUUCGUGCGACUUCUUUUUUCUACUCUUUUAUUUGUACAUCAUGAUUAUAUCAAACAUUCAAGUAAAUAUAAACAAAUAUGUGAAUGUUAGAGGGGUAUUAAACAAACUGAUAUUCAAAUUCAAUAUUUGUAGGUUAAGUUUUGAGUUCUGAGCAGUUUAUUUUAAACUAUCUGUUGAAGAAAAUUGGUACUAUUGCAAGUACAAAGUGUAGAGUAACCCAACAGUGCCCUCAAGCAGAGCUCGGAGGUCCGAAUAGACCGUGUCUUGCGUCACAUGCAUUGUACAUGGGGGAAAGUCCGACGGCCGGAACUCGGAACGCGGAACUAUGAUUCAAAUUUUGACCACGCGUGGCGCUGAUUGCUCCUUAUAGUAAUAAAAUCGGCGCGGCAGCCGGCAACCUAGCGCACGUGAUGAUCUCCCGCAUUGUCCUUUGUCUCUAUCCGGCCGUUAUUUCAAAAAAAGAUUCGGACGUGCACAUAUAUCGGCACUGAGAGAUUUGUGAAGCUUCUUGUUUUCUUCUUGAAAAAUGAGCGAAAGGCAAGGCCUAUUGAAUAACAUGGCUGAUUUGAAAAUUAGGAAUGAAGAAAAUGAAAACUUGAAUGGUAAUCAAGAAGAAUUUCUUGAUGAUUCCGACUUCGAAGUGGAUAAUGAUAGCUUAAAUGGCAACCAGCAAGAUCGUCCUGAUGCUGAUUUAGACGUAGAAAUGAGAGAAAUGGAGGAGUUGAUAGAAAACCCUCCAGAUCGUUUUAUUCUACAAGGACCUCUGCACGGUCAGUACAAUGGAAUUGCUGGACACAGACCAUUCUUAGGCAUAGGUGCUGCUAGUAAUGCACAAGAACCUCUGCAGAAUCAGCAAAAUGGCAUAGCUGGACAGGGACCAUUUCUAGGCCAGGGUGUCGCUGAUGAAGCUCAAGGACAUUUACAGGCUCAGCGCAAUGGCAUUGGUGGCCAAGGUCCACUGCUAGUAGGCCCGGGUGCUGCUGAUGGAGCUCAAGGCCCUUUGCAGGCCCAGCGCAAUGAUGUCGCUGAACAGGAACCAUUGGUAGUGGGCCAAGGUGCUGCUAAUGGUGCCCGAAGACGUAUUCAGGGUCAGCAAAAUGGCAUCGCUGGAAAUCAGAGACCAUUACAGCACCAGAGAGCUGCUGCUGGUGCCCGAAGGCCUAUGCAGGGUCAACGUAAUGGCUUUGCUGGACAAAGACCAUUACAGCCCCAGAGAGCUGCUGCUGGUGAACGAAGACCUCUACAGAACCUUAACAAUAAUGGUGUUGAAAGACAAGGAAGAAACGCUGGAGGAAGACAACAGGAUGAAGCAGAUCAUCAGGGAAGCCCAGUGCAAGGAAACGCUAGAGAAGAGUUGCCUCUUAGAAACCAAGCUCAAAAUGGUAUGAAACGUGGAAAACGAGGAGUUAGGGGUGGUCGUAAACUAAGAAAAAAAAUUCCACUCAAUCCUUAUCAACAAGGAUUAAAAAACGUGGCAGAACUAUUUCUUAACAUGGUAGAAGAAAGCACCAACCGCACAAGGGCAAGGCUCGAAGGAGAAAGGGAGUUGAGAGAGAGAGAGUUGGCUGAAGCAGAAGAAGAAGAUUACGAACAAGAAGAAGAAAAAUAAAAUAAAAAUUAGUUCAGAAAAUAUGCAUGCAUUUAAAGAAGUCUAAAUUAUUUCAAUAAAAAGGUGUGACUAAAUGCAUGGCUAUUAAAUGUCAUUAUAUUUAAUCUUUUACUU